CGCCCACCCCAGGACCCCCACGCGCUCUCAGAACCCCGAGGCUCCGCCGACGGGGCUGUGCGCCCUGCUGGGGGGGCCCGCCCCAGAGGGUCCCCCUCUUCCAACAGACAGAGCCCCGCCCCAGAGGGACCCCCAGGUUCGUCAGGGACAUCCAGCCACGCCCCAGCAGGCUCCCAGCAUCCCGCGGCUGGAGCCCCGAGCUCCUGAGGAACCUCGGUGCCCAGCUGGGGGCUCCCCGCCCCGCUGAGGGGGCGCCGCCCAGGAGGGUCCCCCGCGCCCCGCGGGCCCCAGCAGGAUGCACGCCGCCCUGGCGGGGCCGCUGCUCGCCGCGCUCCUGGCUACCGCCCGCGCCCGCCCGCAGCCCCUGGACGGAGGACAGUGCCGGCCGCCCGGAUCGCAAAGGGACCUCAACUCCUUCCUUUGGACUAUUCGGCGUGAUCCCCCAGCCUACCUGUUUGGCACCAUCCACGUCCCCUACACCCGCGUCUGGGACUUCAUCCCGGACAAUUCCAAAGCAGCCUUCCAGGCCAGUGCCCGUGUCUACUUCGAGCUGGACCUGACAGACCCUUACACCAUCUCAGCGCUGGCCAGCUGCCAGCUGCUGCCGCAUGGGGAGAACCUGCAAGACGUGCUGCCCCGCGAGCUCUACUGGCGCCUGAAGCGCCACCUGGACUACGUGAAGCUGAUGAUGCCCUCGUGGAUGACACCUGCCCAGCGGGGUAAGGGGCUCUACGCUGACUACCUGUUCAACGCCAUCGCGGGCAACUGGGAGCGCAAGAGGCCUGUGUGGGUGAUGCUGAUGGUGAACUCACUGACAGAGACUGAUGUGCGCUCCCGGGGAGUGCCUGUGCUCGACCUCUACCUGGCCCAGCAGGCCGAGAAGAUGAAGAAGAGCACAGGGGCCGUGGAGCGGGUAGAGGAGCAGUGCCAUCCGCUCAAUGGGCUCAACUUCUCGCAGGUGCUGUUUGCCCUGAACCAGACUCUGCUGCAGCACGAGAGCGUGCGGGCCGGAAGCCUGCAGGCACCCUACACCACGGAGGACCUCAUUAAGCACUACAACUGCGGAGACCUCAAUGCCGUCAUCUUCAACCAUGACACAUCCCAGCUGCCCAAUUUUAUCAACACCACCCUCCCGCCGCACGAGCAGGUGACAGCCCAGGAGAUCGACAGCUACUUCCGCCAGGAGCUCAUCUACAAGAGGAACGAGCGGAUGGGGAAGAGGGUCAUGGCACUUCUGCAGGAGAACGAAGACAAGAUCUGCUUUUUUGCCUUCGGAGCAGGUCACUUUCUGGGGAACAAUACAGUCAUUGAUGUCCUUCGGCAGGCAGGGCUGGAGGUGGAACACACGCCUGCAGGGCAGACCAUCCACAGCCUUGCCUCACGGAGCCCUGCGCCCCCACCCGAGGGGACUUCAGCGAGCCCAGCCCCAGUGACCCCAGCUGCGGCCAUCCCCGCAGCACCCUCGGUGACCCCCACUGCCCCGCCGGAAGAGGAGGACCCAGCUUUGUCCCCACACCUCCUGCUCCCUGACAGCCUCAGCCAGCUGGAGGAGUUUGGGCGGCAGAAGAAGUGGCACAAGAGGCAGAACAAACACCAGCGGCCACGGCAGUUCAACGACCUCUGGGUCCGCAUCGAGGACAGCACCACUGCCUCGCCACCCCCGCUGCCCUUCCAGCCUACACAUAGCUCCGGGACAGCCAGGCCCCCUCUCCAGCCCUCCGACCAGCUGCAGCAGCAGGAAGAGCCGGGGCCAGCCAGCAGCUCAGUGCCCGCCCGCUCACAGCCGACCCUGGGCCUCCUACCCGCCAUCGCUGCCAGCAUUGUAGCCCCCUUCCUGCUGCACACCCUCGGGCCCUCCUGACCUCAACUGUCCCAUGCAGAGAAGCCAGAGAAGCCAGAGAAACUAUAGGAGGGUCUUCGGCCACACCCCACUGCCCCUGCCGCCACCUCCAGUGGUGCCUGACCCCCCACAGGCAGUCCAGACGGGAUCUGUGAGAAUACUAGAGCUUUAUUGUACCCGAGUUACAUCUUCUUUUUUGUAGAAGGAUCUUAAUUUCCCAUAGUGCUAUGGGGCUCUUUUGUAAAAUAUGUGUCCAUAUUAAAAAAGAAAAAUGUAUUUAUUCUACCGAUAAAACUAUUUUUAUGUG